UUUCCCAUAAUUCAUCAGUGUGUGCUCCACGCGCAUGCGGCCUCGUGAUCCAACCCGUCGGUGUCGUCACAUUCCUGCAUUCUCCAUCUGUGUUGCGCGUGCGCGCGCGUGUCGGGGACGCUGCAGCUUUACUCUUUCCUCCCCUUUUUCCCUCUCUCGCUCUCUCUUUUACAUAAUUUCUCUCACGUUUUUCCUUAUGACACGGCGGAUUUAAGACAGUAGGCCGUCCCGCGGAUCCCUCACCGACUCGAGUCCACGUUUCCGCCCCGCCCACCGGUUGCCAUGGAGAGCUCAUCGGUGGCGUCUGCAUCAUCAGAGGCGGGAAGCACGCGCUCACAGGAGAUCGAAGAGCUCGAGCGAUUCAUCGACAGCUACGUGCUCGAAUAUCAAGUGCAGGGACUUUUAAAUGACAAGAAUGAGAAUGAGAACGAGAAUGACAACGCAGACAAGACACAGUCCAACAUCUCUCAGUGGACGGAGGACUGCUGUGAUAAAAUAGAUGGGAGCUGGUCGUCCUCGCGGGGUAGAGGAUCAUCCAAACCGGAUGAGUGGGAACACAGCAGUAACGGAAGUACAGGUUCAAGACCAAGCUCUGGUUCUCAGCCCGGAUCCGGUUCGAGAUCAGGCAGCCAAGGACGCAACAAACCGUUCUGUGCGCCCUCCAAGAAUGGAAACCGAGACGGUUCAUUUGACAUACUGGGGACGGACAUAUGGGCUGCCAACACCAUGGACUCCCACGGUGGUGCAACGUGGGACCUGCAGCCAGAGAAGCUGGAUUUCUCGCAGUUCCACAUGAAGCAGUACAGAGGAGCACCGAAACAUCUCCCACACAUCGACCGUGAGGGAUUGAUGAAGAGCAGAUUCGAGGAUGAUAGUAUUGAUCUGAAUGACAUCGAGAAGUUCCUGCCUAGCCUCCCGGUUUUCCCGCCAUUGCCUAACGAAGCCGAGAUCGCGCACACCAAAAAGCUCUUCCGCCACCGCCGGAAUGACCGCCGGUACGACCGCCGACACACCGAGGCACCGCAGGACGAGCUGACCGUGCUGCUGCUGCCCUGCGACGGGAAACGCCAAGUGUCCAGGAGACAGCAGCGUCCUCCUGGAGGAGGAGGAGGUGGCGGAGGAGGAGUUGGAGGAGGCGGAGGGCCCAAAUCCCACAAUCCCCAGCAGCAACAGCAACAUCAGCAGGUGCCACUGCAUUCUCAACAGCAGCAUCACACGACCAGUCAACCGCAACAGCUCUUCACCGACCCCCAGUCAGAAGGCUUCAACGCCAAGCACGGACACGGGGGGCGGGGCUACCAAAGUGGGCAGCAGGGCCGCGGGCAUCACCACGGAUACAGCCAGAACCGGCGCUGGCACCAGCAGCACAGACAGCCGGGCCAGCGGAGCACCAAAGAGACAGACAGCUUGAAGGAGGAGGAGAACGAAUACAAGACGGCCAGAGUGACGGAAAACACCAGAGGAGAUGACAACAGGACCGAUGGAAAGCAGGAGAGGACUGACGGAGGGAAAGUCAGCCUGCUGCAGUCCUCUAAAGAGAGGCUAAGGAGGAGGCUGAAAGAGAAGGAGGAGGUGCCCGUGGCGACGCCGGGGCCUCAGCGUAACCGCAUGGACAAGCUGCUGGAGAUCCUGAACAGCAUGAGGAGCAACAGCAGCGGCGUCGAGGCGCAGCUCGCUUCCUUCAUGGAGGAGGCACAGAGCUCGGCCCAGUCGGAGGAGACGCUCGGUGAGAUCGUGCACACCAUCUACAGCAAAGCCGUCCGAGACCGAGGCUUCGCCGCCACCGCUGCCAAACUCUGCUACAAGAUGGCGCUCUUCAUGGUGGAGGGCACCAAGUUCCGCUCACUGCUGCUCAACAUGUUACAAAGAGACUUUACACGGCGUGAGGAGCUGCAGCAGACAGAUGUGGAGAGCUGGCUGGGCUUCAUCACCUUCCUGUGUGAGGUGUUCAGCACCAUGAGGAGCAGCACAGGAGAGCCGUUCAGAGUGCUCGUGUGCCCCAUCUACACCUGCUUACGAGAGUUGCUGGAGUCGGCGGAGGUGAAGGAAGACGCCGUGCUCUGCUGCUCGAUGGAGCUGCAGAGCGCCGGGCGGCUGUUGGAGGAGCAGUUGCCGGAGAUGAUGAUGGAGCUGUUAGCCGCAGUGAGGGAUAAGAUGCUGAGUCCAUCCGAGUCUCCGCUCACGCGCUCGCUGCUCAUGGAGGUCAUCGAGCUGCAUGCUCACCAGUGGAGCCCCCUGGAGGCACUCACCACGCAGUACUACAAUAGAACCAUCCAGAAACUCACCGCAUGACCCCCCCACACACACACACACACAAGUGGAGCCUAAGGGAGACCCUCAUCUCUCAGUGCUACAAGAGAAACUGACCGCAUGACACACACACACACACACACACACACACACACAUUGGUGGAGCCCACUGCAGGCCUUCAUCAUUCUGGACUGUGGAUAAAACUAACACUUUUUUAUGUGUAAGAAGGAAAGGUCUGCUCCAAGAGAUGGAUGGAUGGGUAACUGAAUGCAUGAGUGAAUGGAUGAAUGAAUGGAUGUGUAACUGGAUGGAUAGAUGGAUGAAUGGAUGUGUAACUGGAUGGAUAGAGGAUACAUCGUAUAAUGAUGCAUUAAUGAUGUGUGUGUAUGAGGGAGUGGGUACCUGAAUGGAUGGACAGACAGACGAGUGGGUAUCUGAAUGGAUGGACAGAUGGACGAGUGGGUACCGGAAUGGAUGGACAGACGGACGAGUGGGUACCUGAAUGGAUGGACAGACUGACGAGUGGGUACCUGAAUGGAUGGACAGACUGACGAGUGGGUACCUGAAUGGAUGGACAGACUAACGAGUGGGUACCUGAAUGGAUGGACAGACAGACGAGUGUGUACCUGAAUGGAUGGACAGACUGACGAGUGGGUACCUGAAUGGAUGGACAGACGGACGAGUGUGUACUUGAAUGGAUGGACAGACGGACGAGUGUGUACCUGAAUGGAUGGACAGACGGACGAGUGGGUAUCUGAAUGGAUGGAUGGACAGACAGACGAGUGGGUACCUGAAUGGAUGGACGGACAGACGAGUGGGUACCUGAAUGGAUGGAUGGACAGACGGACGAGUGUGUACCUGAAUGGAUGGACAGACAGACGAGUGGGUACCUGAAUGGAUGGACAGACAGACGAGUGGGUACCUGAAUGGAUGGAUGGACAGACAGACGAGUGGGUACCUGAAUGGAUGGACAGACAGACGAGUGGGUACCUGAAUGGAUGACUGCCUGAAUGAAUGGUGUGUAAGGAUGGAUAUAUGGAUGGAAGGAUGGUUAAAAGAAUGGAUGGAUGUGUAGUUGGCGGAAUGGUUAGAAGGGGAUUAUUGGAUGGAUGGAUGGAUGCGUAACCAGGUGGCUGAAUAGUGUUAGUGCAGAUGUAUCUAGCUGCUGUCCUGGGGGUCGAAGGUGAAAGGUUAACGCUAUGCAGAUUUGAGUGAAUAUGUAUGCGCUCGUUGUUACACAGCCGCAUGGUAAUGUUCCGCUUUCAGACAUGAUAAGCCAGACUGCUGUUACAUUAGUAAACAUGCUACAUGCAUAAACAUGAGCAGCGUUAAGUCAGGAUUCAUCAAGAAAUAAGCGCGUGCUCACACACACACACACACGUACAUUAAACACAUGUAGGUGUGUGUAAGAGCCAAAGAGCCAGUGAGAGAGCUAUAAAGAGACACUUUAACGCUAACACACGGGGGUAUCUUUGCAGUCUUCGCUUUCUUUUGUGCUCGUGUGCCAACCAUCCAGCCUUCCUCUCUGUCCUCAUCCCUCUCUCCAUCCCCCUCUCCAGACCUGUUUGUGUGUGUGUGUGUGUGUGUGUCAUUGUUUGGCGAAUCAUGUCCCUGGAGCACGCUGUCGCCUAUCAGCGCUGUCUAGUCGAGGUCAAGCAGACAGACUGCAGAGGGCUUAGCCUGCUUUUGUCUCCCUAAAACAAAUGCACACACACACAAGCCACAGCCUGACUCUGGAUGGCAGAUGGCCGCUGGAGACUAUAAGGCCAGACACACAGCCCUCGUCCUCUUGUCCAGCCCAAUGGGAGUGUGUGUGUGUUGAGGAGGUUUCAGAUAAAAGCAUCAGGCGUGCUGCACCCGGCCUCUUUGUUGUAUCCUUUUUAUUUCCUCUGCAGGUUUUUAUUUCCCGCCGCAGUGCUCGUCCACCGCUCGGCGUUGAUAAUCCCUGUGUAUAAUACUUAUUGUAACGUUAUUGUAAUGUAUUAUAUGUUAUUAAUUUUUUUUAUUAUUAAUGUAUGUUCAAAAGCAGUAUAUACAGUAUGUGUGACAUGACGAGGAUGUUUUAGGACUAGACCUAUUGCACAGGUUGGAAAUAUUUUGCACUGUUUUAAGGCGAAAGAAAGAAGAAAAAAAACGACGAAGGAGAAUUGAUCGAGUUGGGUAGCUGUGCAAAACUCCUCCAGCUAGUAGGAGGUUUACGAUUUGAGUUUAAUGUUUUGGGAAAAAUGAAUGACCUUGCAAGAUGUGUGGUAUUUUCCAGACUUUUAACAAGACACACACCUCCUAAAUUCUGUCUGUUUAGGAUAAAACUAAGUAUAGUCUUCUUAAUGUUGGCGAGUACAGCAGUUAAGGUAAAUAAUUUGGUGAAAAUAUUUAACCUGCACGAAUUAACGCACACCAAACGUUCAUCAAUAAAACAACGUGGCCUACUGUUAUAUUGUGGAAAUGUUUUAUUCCACUUACACCACAGCAAUUUAGCUACGAAUCUUUUUUUUUUUAAAGACCGAAACAUCAUAUUUUUAUCUGUUUAGUGUUUGUGGAACUUUAACGAAACAAGCUCCUUUUCUCGCUUAUCUUAUAGCAGCUAUACAGCACCAGCUUGUUUUGUGACGGAGAAACCAUAGCCUCGUCUGUCCUGAAAACUUCAAGUAAAGCGUUACCUAUUGUUGUUACAAAGCGCUGACACUGGAGCACUAGGGACACCUUCCAAUAAAAUAAAUAAACAUCUGUUUACAGAAAACUUCACCAUUUCAACGAUUACACACGUUUAUGUCGCGCAUCCUUCGUAUAAGUUCCUGUGCGCGUUAAUAUAAACCGUACAACCUAUUCGAAACCUUCCAGAUCAGAAUCGAGAAUUCAUCAACACUAAAGAAUACCGGCAGGAAUCUGCGAUUUUGCGAUCGCAGAAAUUAACACAAAAACUCCGAUAUUCUGAGGAUAUUUACGCAGAUUUGGGCCGAGACACGACGCGUCACGACACGUCAUCAUGACAGCCGGAGCCGGCUUCGAGUCACGUGCAUCGAACAUGAGUACAGCUAAAAGGUCUCGUUUAUCGGCAAACAUCACUGCAAAAGACAAUUUCGUGCGACCGCGAUUUCGCGGAUUUGAGUAGUUUUCUGAAAAAAAGCAAAAGUUGCAUCACGAAUUUUUUAAACAACCUGCAGCAAAAUUGUGAGUUUUUGGCCGCGAUGAUCCCCCCCCCCCCCCCCAAAAAAACGACGCAAAAUCCCAUACGGACCGACAACGCUAGUUUGGUGUAAGUGCACAAUUGUGUGUGUUGGAAUUUUUUUCACCAAAUUACCACUUUCAAAAAGAUUUUGUGAUUUGGAUUGGACUUUUGAUUCCCCCAACCCCCCCACCCCUUCUUGCCCUGCAGUGCAACUUCCUAAUAGAAGAUUGAAGAGAAAAAAAAUAGAUAGAAGCAUGGCUUUAAAAAAAAAAACAAAAAAAAAAAACAUCGUGUUUUGGCAUUUUGCAGUGGACCUUUUACUCAAACGUGUAUUUUAAAAAAAAAAAGAGAAAGAUUUGAAGUCGAUUGGGUUUCUUUGCAGACAAAUGAGAUGUUUUAAACGAUAUACAGUGUAUCUAAUAAUAAUCGUCCAUUACUCUGGGCUUCGCAAACGUGUGUACUAGGCUAUCGGAUUAACACGAGCCAGUUGUCCAUUUGUUAACGGCCUGCAUGUAGUCGUAUAUACGACGUAUAUGAAUAUUACCACAACGAGGGGAAGGUUGGGAAGCAUUUCAGAGACGGGGUGAGAAGCUCGUAGCCUUCAGCUGCUUGUUUUAUUGUUAAUUUGGGGGAAACACAUUCACUUGUACACUCAUACACAUACUGUAUGUAUAUAUAUAUAUAUAUAUAUAUAUAUAUAUAUAUAUAUAUAUAUAUAUAUAUAUAUAUAUAUAUAUAAAUAUAAACAUGCGCUCACACACACACAGCCUCCAAGGUUUCCUGUUUGUGAAUCUCCGCUGGCAGGUUUGUGUUUGUAUAAUUUCUGUCUUGCAUCAAGAAUUGAAGACUUGAAGACGAGCACGUCUGUGUAAAAAUAAAUAAAUAAAAAUGUAGAAGGAAAAAAAAAACCCACCACAUGCUCGUCUUCAAAUCAAACAUGAUUAUUUUAUUUUGUAUUUGUAUAAUUUUAGGCUUUUAUUUAAUUUACGUCCACAUUUGCUUCUCAGUGAUCUCCCAGUAAAGAGAACUGUGCAUUUUAGUUUGGUUUUUCAGCAGUUACACACACACACACACACACACACACACACAAACACGCAGAAGGACUCCUGUACCCUUUGACCUCACCGGUCACCGAGACUGCUGAAUGCAGAUUAGACAUGUUUGCAUAUCAUUGACAUUAAAAUGAGACGUUGCUUCUGUGAUUUAUUUAAUUUAAUUUUUUUGAGGGGGGAGGGGCUCUGUUUUUGUUUCUGCUGUUGAAAAUAAACUGGGAUGAGAAGUGAAAA